ACUAGCUAUCUAUUUUACAUUGGGUAGUGUAUAUAUGUCAAUGCUACUCUCUCACUUCGUCCCAGCUUACCCUUCCCCCUCCUCGUUUCCUCAAGUCCAUUCUCUAUGUCUGCAUCUUUAUUCCUGUCCUGCCCCUAGGUUCAUCAGAACCAUUUUUUUUUUUUUAGAUUCCAUAUAUAUGUGUUAGCAUACGGUGUUUGUUUUUCUCUUUCUGACUUACUUCACUCUGUAUGACAGUCUCUAGGUCCAUCCACCUCACUACAAAUAACUCAAUUUUGUUUCUUUUUAUGGCUGAGUAAUAUUCCAUUGUAUAUAUGUGCCACAUCUUCUUUAUCCAUUCAUCUGUCGAUGGACACUUAGAUUGCUUCCAUGUCCUGGAUAUUGUAAAUAGUGCUGCAAUGAACAUUGCGGUACAUGUCUCUUUUUGAAAUAUGGUCUUCUCAGGGUAUAUGCCCAGUAGUGGGAUUGCUGGGUCGUAUGGUAGUUCUAUUUUCAGGUUUUUAAGGAACCUCCAUACUGUUCUCCAUAAUGGCUCUAUCAAUUUACAUUCCCACCAACAGAGCAAGAGGGUUCCCGUUUCUCCACACCCUCUCCAGCAUUUAUUGUUUGUAGAUUUUUUGAUGAUGGCCAUUCUGAGUGGUGUGAAGUGGUACCUCAUUGUAGUUUUGAUUUGCAUUUCUCUAAUGAUUAGUGAUGUUGAGUGUCCUUUCAUGUGUUUGUUGGCAAUCUGUAUAUCUUCUUUGGAGAAAUGUCUAUUUAGGUCUUCUGCCCAUUUUUGGAUUGGGUUUUUUGUUUUUUUUGAUAUUGAGCUCAUGAGCUGCUUGUAUAUUUUGGAGAUUAAUGCUUUGUCAGUUGCUUCGUUUGCAAAUAUUUUCUCCCAUUCUGAGGGUUGUCUUUUCGUCUUAUUUAUGGUUUCCUUUGCUGUGCAAAAGCUUUAAGUUUCAUUAGGUCCCAUUUGUUUAUUUAUUUUUUUAUUUCCAUUUCUCUAGGAGGUGGGUCAGAAAGGAUCCUGAUCUGACUUAUGUCAUAGUGUUCUACCUGUGUUUUCCUCUAAGAGUUUUAUAGUGUCUGGCUUUACAUUUAAUGCAUUUCACACAUGUGAGUUUAAAUUUCUCAGUAGCUACAUUAGGAAAAUAAAAAGAAACAAGUGAAAUGGAUUUUAAUGAUUUAUUUAUUUAACCCAGUAUAUCCAGAGUAUGAUCAUUUCAAAAUGUAAUCAGUAUAAAAAUUAUUAAUGAAAAAAAAUUAUUAAUGAAAUAUUUUACAUUCUUUUUUCAUACUGAAGUCUUCAAAAGCCGGUGUGUAUUUUACCUGUACAGCUCACCUCAAUUUGGACUAGCUACCUUUCAAGUGCUAAUAGCCACAUCUAACUAGUGACUGUCAAACAGGGCAGGUCUAGAGGAUAAAGUCCUACCUCCUUAACCCAAUAUUCCUCCCCAAUAUGAUCCGACUUUUCCAGUCUCGUCACCUAUUACCUCUGUACAUGAAACAAUUAAACAAUUUGGAUAUUUUCUUGGUACUUCAUAAUUUUGUUCAGAUGGUUUGAUGGUUCCUCUUGCUUAUAACAUCAUAGCUCUUUUCUUCCUCCUAUCAGUUUUAUUCCUCCUUUAAGACCUAUCUGUUCCAUCAAGUCUUUUAUGGUGGCCCAGUCCUUAGAAAUUACUUCCUCCUCUCAACUUUCAUAGCAGUCCUGGGUGUACUCCACAUUUGUACUCAUCCUAAACCACAGUGUAUUGUUACACACUUUCAGAUGUAUUUCUAAUUUCCAAAUCAGAUUGUAAACUCUCUGAGGGCAGGAACAUCUCUCAGAGAAACUAAGCACCUGCUUUGCUGCCACAUUCUCUGGAAUUCUAAUGAUGUGUGUCUACAGUAGUUUUGUUUCUCACUAUUUUAAGAAGGUAAUUUAUUCAUUUUAAUGUAAAGCAAAUAUAACAUAAAUAUAAACUGUGUUAGCAUAAUGGUUAUGAGCAUGAACUCUGGGGUGAGACUGCAUAGGUUUGAAUCCAGAUUCUGCCUUGUACUGGUUAAAUGAACACUUUAAGUUAAUUAAUCUCUGUGCCUUAGUUUCUUCCUCUAUAAAAUAGAGAUAAUAAUAGUAUCUCCUUCAUAGGUUUGUUGUGAGGAUUAAAUGAGUUAAUAGUGUCUGAAAGUAAGUACUCAGUAAAGAUUAGGUAUUGUUAUUAUUAAUAAUGAAAUAUUUGUUGCUCAGUUUUGAUAUAUUAGAACAUUAAGAAUUCAUAACAGUAUUUUAGGAGUUUCCAAACAGAGCAAAUGAAAGCCACAAACUAUUGAAUUGGAAAAAUGAAACCAAACCCAAAUGUUUGUUGAACUGUAGUUUGCCAGAUGCAUUAGAAGCAUGGGCAGAAACCUCUUAAUUCCUGUGUCAUCAGCGUCUAACGUAAGCCAAGAAGGCAUACAUUAACUAUUUGAUUUCAAGAUGAUUCAUCAAGUACUAUAUCUAGAGCUAGAUAUAGAUGUAGAUAUAAAUAUAGUUAUAUAGAUAUAGCAGAGGUUUGAGACCAUUUGUUGUAGUGAUAGCAAUCACAUUCUUAUUCAAUUUAUCACUUUAGUACUUGCCUGCACAUAAACUUACUAAUGUCCACCGUACAUUAACAAAUUCUUACCUUGAGAUCAUAUUAGUAAAUUGUGCUUCUUAUUGAUGGAUAUUUGCCAUAUAUGCAGCAUACUUCUGUUAAUUAUUUCUUAGCCUAGGAUUAUACUGAUAUUUACUUAGCUCUGUCUACUGGUUUCAUUACCAACUCUUCUUUAAUUUCCUUGAUCUUAUUAUCUCUGAAUUUUUAGGAUUUUUAUAUCAGUGAACUAAGCUAUAUUUAUUUUUAUUUAUUUAUUUACUUAUUUUUUUCCGGUACGCGGGCCUCUCACCGCUGUGGCCUCUCCCGUUGCAGAGCACAGGCCCCGGAUGCACAGGCCCAGUGGCCAUGGCUCACGGGCCCAGCCGCUCCGUGGCAUGUGGGAUUCUCCUGGACCGGGGCACAAACCCGCAUCCCCUGCAUCGGCAGGCGGACUCUCAACCACUGCGCCACCAGGGAAGCCCUAAGCUAUAUUUAUUUUUAAGUACCACGGAAUAUUAUGGUUAUACACUGAAAUUAGAUGAUUGCCCCUAGAGCAACUUAAGAGUCUAUUGGCUAGCGAUGAGAUUAAAAAAAACCACAAAAACAAAACCACAAUGACAUAGUACAUAUAUAGCCUUCAUUCACUUAUUCAUUCACUCAACAAAUAUUUGUUGUCUACUAGGUGUCCCACGCUGUUACAAGAAACACAAGACAGAGUUGGCUGUAGCCCUCUCAAAAUCUUAAAGUUUAUCUGGGUAGACAGACAAGCAACUGAAAUAACUGUGCCAAGUCCUUUGCCAGAGGAAAUACAGGUUAUUUAAUUGCCGCAGUUAAUAACUUGCAGUUAUGUGAAUAGAAUUAGGCAGAUUACUUGACUGAUUGAAAUCUUUGAAUCAAAAUGAGGCUAAUCCAGGAAGAUACAUGGAAGUGCUAAGUUUUAAAUAAUGCUGUGGCAGAGAGGAGAGAUGAAUGAGUAGAAUUAGAGAAAUUUCCUUUUUUUUCUUUUUUCUUUUUUUUUUGGCCAAUUAUCUUAAAGGUCUAGACAGUAUUGAGAAUCAGCUGUAAUGAACAGUCCUAUCUCAUCUUUCGGAAGUGGUUUUUCAUUUUUGCAUUUUUUCCUUUCUCUGAUUGUCUUCACUUGAUCUAUUCUCUCUUUUGUCUUUCAGCAGUAAUCAUCAGUGAACAUUCAUUGAGUUUAAGCAAGGCAGUGCACUAAGCAGAGGAGACAAAGAGCUGACAAUGACAGAAGAUCACAGAGCAGCGCUUUCUCAGUCUCCUUUGUCACCCUUGACUAAAGCCACGGAGGUAUCACAACGAAGCAACCCUGAAGACACCUUCAAUGGGGAUACCGUUCACCCAAUUUACAAAUAUAUUUCGAAUGAUUUACCAAGAGAGUUUAUGUCAUCCCAGGCAAAAGCAGUUAUUAAACCUACUGAAGAUUAUUUGCAGCCUCAGUUUGGCCCCAACAGACUUUUACAUUCAGCGGCAGCAUCAGAAGGGUCAGGACUUCAAGAUUGCUCCACACAUCAAACAGCAUCAGAUCAUAGCCAUGAUGAAAUAUCAGACCCAGAUAGCUACAAAUCAAACAGUAAAAACAAUUCUUUUUUUAUAUCAGCAUCCAAGAGAAACAGACCUGUCCGUGCUCCAGUGGGUCAACUGAGAGUUGCAGAGUCCUCUUCUUUAAAAUUUAAGUUGCACCAGGAUUGGCAUAGAUUGUCUCAAAGAUACAAACUUCAACCCAGAGUGAUUAGAGUAACAGCUUACAAAAAUGGAUCUAGAACAGUUUUUGCCAAAGUUACUGUACCAACCAUCACCUUGUUGCUGGAGGAGUGCACGGAAAAGCUGAAUCUGAACAUGGCUGCACGACGAGUAUUCUUGGCAGACGGCACUGAAGCCCUCGAACCCGAAGACAUACCCUGUGAAGCCGAUGUUUAUGUUUCAACGGGAGAGCCCUUUUUAGAUCCAUUCAAAAAAAUUAAAGUUGUUGCUGGGACACGGAGUAGAGCAGGUGGCAGAUGUGCCUCGUCUUUUGAGAAAAGAAAUUGUAGACCAUCUGUUGUUAAUGAAGAAAGUAACUUGGACAAUGAAUGGGCUGAUGCUUCCUACUGAUCUCAAAAUACGGAAAACCAAGCCUGUUCUUUCUAUUAGAAUGAAGAAACUUACUGAGAAGACCUCAGUCCGAAUUCUUUUCUUUAAGAAUGGCACGGGGCAGGAUGGGCAUGAGAUUACAGUGGGAAAGGAAACAAUGAAAAAGGUAAUUUUGUAUUAAAUAUUGAAGUAUAAAUUAAAUUUCAAAGUUUU